AUGGCUUCCCAACCAGAAGAUGUUUAUGCAACUCUUCUUUUGACCGACACCUACCUGCCAGGUGCUCUUGUAUUGGCACAUUCUCUACGAGAUGCUGGUACUACCAAGAAAAUUGCAGUGCUUGUCACGGUGGAUUCGAGAAACUUCGACUUUGUUAUUCCCGUCGAUCGAGUCGUCAACCAAUCCCCAGCCAACCUUGACCUCAUGGGCCGCCCAGAUCUUCACUCUACCUUCACCAAAAUUACAUUAUGGAAGCAAACACAAUUCCGAAGAAUAGUCUACAUGGAUGCCGAUAUGGUUGCUCUUCGUGCACCAGAUGAGUUGUUUGCUCUACCAAAUCCAUUUUCCGCCGCACCAGAUAUCGGAUGGCCAGAUAUCUUCAACACAGGUCUUAUGGUUUUAAAUCCAAAUAUGGGCGACUACUAUGCUUUGGAGGCUAUGGCAAACAGAGGAAUUUCUUUUGAUGGAGCUGAUCAAGGUUUACUUAACAUGCAUUUCAAGAAUACUUACAACCGUCUAAGCUUUACUUACAAUGUCACCCCAUCCGCCCACUACCAAUAUCUCCCCGCAUUUCAACAUUUCCAAUCUAGCAUUAGUGCCGCCCACUUUAUCGGAACGGAUAAGCCAUGGAAAGUUGGAAGACAAGCCAGUGUUGGAGCCACUCCUUACCAUCAGAUGACCGGAAGAUGGUGGGCAGUUUAUGAUAAACAUUACAAGCAAACGUCGGCGACCGGAACUUCCAACGGAGCGGCACCCCUUAUUGUACAAUACCUUGUUUUUGGAGAAUUCCAGCCCCAGACCCAGGAGGACCAUUCCAAAGGAGCCCAGUGUGAGAAAUUUCAACAUUUUAAUGCCAUUAAUGAUACUACUACUACAGCAGAGGAACCAAUCCAUGACCAUACAGAAACAAACUUGGAAAACGAAGAAGCUUAUGAUCCCCCAGUACAGGCAAAAUUGGACCAAUCUCGGAACAUCUCAUAUUCACCAUGGGAUGCCAGCAAAGCACCACCACCACAAAAUUCGAGACCAGAAGCCUCAAACCUCCCCGGUAACCAUUAUGAGAUGUCCAACGACGCUACCCCAUUCCGAGCACCAAGCCGCUACCCAGACCCUCCCAGUGACAUGUACUACGAAGUACCAAAAACUCCAAAGUGGCAGAGACCAGCACCAAUAUUCCCAUGGGAAGCUAACCCACCAGUGCCCUCAAGAGUAUUCCCUGAAGAUGAUUAUGAUGACACAGCAGUACCAGAAACCCCCGUCGCCGGUUCGGUAGUCGCAACCACCGAGGAUGAAAGAAGCAUGCCCGCUACUCCUACCACUCCAACCAUGUCGAGUGCAAACGACCCAUGGCAAACUUAUGCUAGAGGAAAUGCGUGGGAUGAAGUUCCAGAAAUUGAGCGAUACAUUGGAAACAUGUCGAAGAAUCGCAAAGGCAACAUCCAAGUUCUUCAAGGAUACGGCACAGAGCUUGAACGGCCUAGUUUACCCGUAACCCCCGCACCAGUUAGAACACAACCAACUUUCUGGGGCGAAGAGAGAGAAGAAGAUAGCGCAUUACCUCCUGCGGAAGGUGUUCCUGCACAACAAGAUUGGGACCCAGCAGCUCAACUUGAUAUGCUUGCUAGGCGUCAAUCAGAUGUUCUAGCCAAUAAAUUGGAAAUUCCAACGCGCGAGAUGCCCUCGAGACCACUCCCCUUCGGAUCCGAACCCGUUAACCAAGGAGCUAUUAUUGAGGAACCUUCUUACCAUGGCCCAGGAGCAGCUUGGGAGAAGGACGAUAAUUAUGCCACGAAAGAGACUCCUUUACUCCCAAGUGAAGCAGAGAAAGAUGUUUUGGAGACUUAG